ACGAUUCUCUCGAAAGCAUCCGUUUACGAGCCGAUUGGAGCGAGCUUUCUCUACUCGGGUGUGCGAUGGAUCGCCUUACCCGACAUGAGCUCGUCUCAAAUACCGGCACUGACAUUGAACGAGCUCGAGCAGCUCUUUGUCCUCAUCAGUGAUGCUCAGCUCACCAAUCAUCUCGCAGUCGCCUCACUGGCACUGACUCUACUCGAACACAUCUCGACUUUGAGAGAAGAGAUCGAACUCGUCUGGAAAAGUCGGUGGAAUUUGUCAAGUAUAUUCUACAUAUGGGCUCAAUCAGUGACUUCGACGACGAUAGUGGUCUCCACCGAUGUGAUUCUUGCAUUACGCGUCUGGAUCCUUUUCGCGCGUCCAUCGCGAAUGAUUGGCUUCUUCGUGGGGUUAAUUGUCGCGGAAUUUGCUGCUCUCUUGGUUGUCGGUGUCUACACUAUCAGAGACCUUGGCGUGUUUAUCCAGAUCGAGUGGGUGGCUUUCAGUUUGGCGCGUUUGAUGUCCGAAAGAUUGACUGCUUUCAAGUCCAUUGCAUGGAUGCUAUACUGUCAUAGUCCCGCGAACGCUCGCAUACUAUGCCCUCCCCCCCUUCAUCGUCGUGAGUUUGAGCCGCUGUUGAUCCUUGGCAUGCAUUUCACACUAUGCGGAAAGUCCUCCUGUAUGUUCGCAAUGACGCUUUACAAGUGCCGCGACACGGCGAUGUCACCGGGUCUCAUCAAGACACCCGUCAUACAGAUAUUCCUCAGAGACGGGAGUUAUUGGUUUCUGGCCGUGCUGCUUUUGUCGUUGUCUGAACUGCUCAUCUGGCAUAACGCACGUCCCAGUCUCGCCCAGAUUCCGAUUGUCCCGGGAACGGCGUGCAUUGCAAUCAUUGGUGCCCGCGUCGUUCUCAACAUCAAGAACCUAGCCCGGACCAACAACGGGAGGGACUCGAGUCAAACUUUGACACAGACGUCGGUCAUGUGGUAUCAUCCGAGGAUGCCGACCCGCCCGAAGAUCGAGACCACGCCUUGGUAUCUCAGGACGAAUUGAGGAAGUCGCCGAUUUAUUCACGGGGCACAUUAAUGUCCGAUGUAGAGUCAGGUGAUGGUUCGGAAUUUAUACCUAAAACUAAGAGUUAAGUCAAGUGUAACAAGAGGCAACAAGCCGGUAACGAGAAAACAGAGACAUGUCAUUGGCGAAACGUGACAGGCCCGACGGGAGAGAGUGAUGCGAGCGGCCACGGGUCUGUGGUUCCCAUGGCAUGUGGGCGGCCCGCAGGCCCAAAGAUUGGCCAAUUGGCAUGACCUCAAGCGAGGGUGACGAGUGGAAUCUCUCCGUUCACUCUCUUCACACGGGUGCCGGCUUGGCUAUUAUACUUGAGGUCUGCGUGUCUAUUCUUACCUCGUGCGCAGUCUGACCACCGGCGAGUUUGGCGAGCAGGAUCCC